CCCUAUUAGCUUUUGUGCUACAUCAACACCAUCAAAAGGAACUGAUCAAUACAAUCAUCUUUAACGAUAAAAUAAAACAAUAUUAUUUCGUUUUUGACUUACCCAUUUUCGCGCUUUAUUUGCCUCGUUUUGAUUUCACUUCCGUCUUCUUGAAUCGGCUACUUUCGGAAGUUUCCGGAUUUAGUCGUGUUCAUGUCUGUUGCUAAGGAAAUCUUGUUUAGUGUCAUUUUAUAAACCCUCUUUUCAUUGGCUCAUAAUAAUGAAAGAUAUCGAAUCAACCAAUAGAAAAGAACAUAACACAGACUUUGUCAAUGUUUACCUGACAACACUUAGUUACCAUUCAAUCACAAAUAUAAUCAGAGCAACACCACUUUACUGAUCAGAUACCGAAAGAAUAGCAGAAGUAAAGAGUCACACCCAUACAACAAAUAAUAAAAAUCGCAAUAAUGGCAACAUACGUAAAGCCUGCAACACGGUACCAGCCGUCCGACUGGUUUACCUCAAACUACACAAUAUCGACAAAUGCCGAGAGACAGAUGGACGCAUCACAUCAAGUACGCCAAGAUGCCAGAUUUCUUCGUAAUGAAACAGACAACAAAACAAAAUGGGAUCAACAUGAUAACAAUACCAGAUUGGCAGACAGAGUUGACCAAAUUCGCAAAUGGAAAGACAUUCUAGAAAAGACCUUGGCUGAUCUCGAUAAAGAAAUAUCUGAUUUGUCAGAAGCCAAAGAUAACACAGAGAAUGCCCUCGAAGCAAGAAAUCUACCUCUAGAUGUUGCAAUUGAAAACCUGACCAUCCGUGAAGGCCGACAACAGAUAGAUGUAGUUGAAGAUGGAGUAGAACAUCAACUAAAGAAGGAAGUUGAGGUGAUUGGAGGCAUUCAAAAACAGCUACAAACCAAAAUUAAUGAGCAGUUUGAGCAGCUAUGUCUCCUUCAAGAGGCUCGUCAGCAAAUUCUUGCUGAUCUUCAGGACAAAAACAUUGCUCUAGGUAUUGAUGUAGAUCAGUAUAAUCUUACAGAGGAAUCCCCUGGCAUUAGCUACAAACCCAACCCAACUAGAGUUCCCAAGGGAAGCACCACCCCACAGCAAUGGGAAGACUUCAGUCGUUACAACAAGGAGCGUGCCGAUGCUGAGAUGAAGGCCUCUCAGAGACUUCGUGAAGCAACCCACCACACUCUUCAUCAGACAGACAAUGACCAAGAAGCACAAAAACAAGCAACUGAAUAUGACCUCCGUAAACGUAUUCACGAAUUUGAGCGUGCCAAGGAUGAGCUUGAAUGGCAGAAAAAGAACACAGAGGAGGAAAUCGCUGAAAUGGAGGAAGAUAUUCGUCGUCUAGAAGAUUCUAUUAAAGCUAAGAUUAAUCCAAUGAAACUUGCCCAAACUCGUCUUGAGAACAGAACAUACAGACCCAAUGUUGAGCUGUGCAGAGAUGAACCCCAAUACGGUCUUACUGAUGAGGUUAAGCAGCUAGAAGCAACCAAAAGAGCAUUAGAGGAAAAACUUAAACAAUCACAGCAUGCACUUGAUGGUUUAGAACAAAAUCUACAUAGAAUUAAUGAAGAUUUAGGCCUUAAAAUUAACUCUCUUAUGUUGGACAAAAGAUGUAUGGACACUCGUCAAAAAUUGGAAACCCGACCCCAGACUGGAAUGGAGCGUAAUCUUACUUUAACUGGACUUCAAAGGUCAAGAUCAAAGAUCUUAGCCUAAUUAGAAUAAGGAGUUUAGAAACCUGGGGAGAACCAACAUAAUAUUAGCAUCUUGUGCCAUUGUGCAGUUUUUCAGUAUUCAUUUUUUACAAUUUUUUCAAUCAAGUGAAAAAUGCAGAAUCAAUGUAUGUUCAAGAGACAUUUAAACUAUUUAUAACAUACAAACUGCUGAAUGAGCGAACUUAUCUAGUCGCUAUCAAGAAGUGACUCAUUUUAUUCAUAUUUUUUUGCCAAUUUCUUUUUUUAUGAUUAUUUCUAAUGGAAAAAUUGAAAAUGUUAUUGUUGUAAAUAGAUAUAAAAUGCAAUCUGUACAGUCAUUAUUCAUACAUGUAUGCAAGAGAAAACUUGCAAAAUAUAUACUUUAUCAUGAUCACAAAAA